AUGGGUUCUGCAAAGGGUCUCCAGCCGCUUCGCUCUGCUACAAAGACAUUGAACGCACUGCCCACAGCUUAUGCUGGUGCGCAGGUUGCUUCACGACGAUAUGCGGGGACGCUUGCAAACUUCAAGAUUCCCACUGUUAACAACGAGCCAAACCAACACUACGCUAAAGGCUCGGUCGACCGCCAGAAGCUUCAGGAUGCGGUUGCACGCAUGAAGAAGCAGGGUCCUGUAGAGGUCCCUCUUGCCGUAGGAGGAGAAUAUAUCAAAACCAAUUCUAUCCUCACUCAGAACAACCCCUCCUCCCACGCCGACGUCAUUGCCAAGUACUCUAAUGCCAGUCCAGCGGACGUCAAGAAGGCCAUCGAUGCCGCAUUGGCAGCAAAGCCAGCAUGGGAAGCGCUCCCCUUCGCCGAUCGCGCUUCAGUGUUUCUCAAGGCGGCAGAUCUCAUUUCCACAAAGUACCGAUAUGAGAUCAUGGCAGCGACAAUGGUGGGACAGGGAAAGAGUGCAUGGCAAGCCGAGAUUGAUGCAGCAGCGGAGCUGUGUGACUUUCUGAGGUUCAAUGUCAAGUACGCGGAAGAGACAUAUGGCCACCAGCCAGUCCACAACUCUCCCGGUGUAUGGAACCGUGUUGAAUAUCGACCCCUCGAAGGCUUUGUCUACGCCGUAUCCCCUUUCAACUUCACAGCUAUUGGCGGUAACCUUCCUGCAGCCCCGGCUCUGAUGGGCAACGUCGUUGUGUGGAAGCCAUCGCCAUCUGCAAUUGCCUCCAACUGGCUUCUCUACCAGAUUCUGAUCGAGGCUGGUCUUCCACCAAACGUCAUCCAGUGGGUCCCCGGUGACGCUGUAGAAGUCACCCAGGAGGUUCUCUCUCACAGGCAAUUCGCAUCCCUGCAUUACACUGGCAGCACAGCAGUCUUCCGCCAGCUAUACGGAAAGAUUGCCAACGGUGUAGCCGAGGGCAAGUACCAAAGCUACCCCAGGAUCGUCGGCGAGACCGGCGGCAAGAACUUUCAUCUCAUCCACAAGGACGCCGACAUCCACAACGCAGCCAUCCAAACCGUGCGCGGCGCCUUUGAGUACCAAGGCCAAAAAUGCAGCGCCUGCUCCCGCCUCUACGUCCCCGAGUCUGCAUGGCCCAAAUUCAAGGAUAUCCUAAUCAAGGAGGUCUCCGCCCUGAAAAUCGGCGAACCCUCCGACUUCUCCAACUUCAUCGGCCCCGUCAUCCACGAAGCCUCAUUCAAGAAACUCUCGGGCGUAAUCGAUGACGCCAAAUCUGAUCCCGAGCUCGAACUCGUCGUCGGUGGCAAAUACGACAGCAGCAAAGGCUACUACAUCCACCCUACCGUGUACCUCACCAAAAACCCCAACCACCCCCUCCUCUCCCGCGAACUCUUCGGCCCCAUCCUCGUCGCCUACGUCUACGACGACGCCGCCCCGGACGCCUUCACCAAUAUCAUCCGCCAAAUCGACGAGACGUCCGAGUACGCUUUGACGGGCGCUGUGUUCGCAAAGGACCGCGAGACGAUCAAGUUUGCAGCGGAUAAGCUAAGGAAUGCCGCGGGUAACUUUUAUAUCAAUUGCAAGUGUACGGGGGCCGUUGUGGGCCAGCAGCCCUUUGGCGGGUCGAGGGCCAGUGGCACAAAUGACAAGGCAGGAAGUGCGAAUUUACUGGCGAGAUUUGUAAAUGUGAGGGCGGUUAAGGAGGAGUUUUUGCCCACGGAACGGGUCGAGUAUCCUAGUAAUGAGGUUUAG